AAAGAUGGCCGACUAAUGUUGUCGUCGUCGUCGAAGCAGUAAAAUUCUGACGGUUAGGUGUACAGUGUGUGAUUUAAUUAUAAUAUAAAAAAGAAAAAUAACAUACAUUAAAAAAAAGAAGACAUCUUUUCAAUAAUCAUCCAAUUGAAAAUUCCCAAUUAUUGUCAAGUGUUUAAAAGUGCUUAAAAUUGUUCUCAUUUAAUAAAAAAAAAAAAAGAAAAAAAGAAACGUCAGUGUACAGUUAAAAAAAAAUGUGUACAGUUAAAACAAGUCAUUGCAAAUGUCAUGCAUUUUGCAACAGGGAAUGACUCGCCAUGUCCCAAAAAUAAAUGCUCCAGAACAAUCAUUCAUUUUUUAGCAAAAAUUAUAAUAUAUUCAUAAGGAGAACGAAAAUAUUCAGCAACGGUAAAAAUCAAGAAAUUGGAUUUCGUAAAUUUUUUUUAGACAAAAUUUCUAAAUUUCCAAGGUGCUAAGGGGAUAAAAGCAGAAUGUCUUUGAAACCAAAAAGAGUUGAUUUUAUAGAAACUUGGGACCUUUUGCAAAAAACCGUAAAGGAAGUUAUAACGCUCGAUCAUGUGCCUCGAGCCAUAUGGAACGAUAGAUUUAGUGACGUUUAUUCGCUAUGCGUCGCCUAUCCGGAACCGCACGCCGAUCGUCUUUACAACGAGACGAAGCAAUUUUUAGACGAGCAUGUUUCACAAUUAUUAACGAAAGUAUUGAGCCAGACGGACAUUGGCCUCUUGCAGGCGUAUCAUCACGCCUGGAUGGAAUACUCCCAGGGAAUUAAUUACCUCCAUCAAUUGUACUUAUAUUUAAAUCAGCAACACAUCAAGAAACAACGACUGACAGAGCCGGAAAUUAUUUACGGCACGUCGUCACAAACAGCAACUGAAUAUCAAGAGCAAAUGGAAAUUGGCGAAUUGGGUCUUGAUAUUUGGGAGAAGCGAAUGAUUACACCAUUGAAAAAUCAACUUGUCGCAUUACUUCUCGAGGGAAUUCAUGCCGAUCGACUUGGCGAGGGACAACCGACCACAAACGAUGUUAUUUGUGAAGUUAUUCAAAGUUUCGUCACCGUUAAGAAGUACAAGCGAAAGGGAGAAUUAGACAUGUAUAUAGAAGUUUUCGAGACUCCAUUUUUAGAAGCAAGUGGGGAAUUCUACUCGAAAGAGGCUUCGGAACUUUUGCAACAGUCGGACGUUACUCGUUAUAUGGAGAGAGUUACCUGGAGAUUCAAUCAGGAAGAAUUGAGAGUUCAUAAAUUUCUUCAUAGUAGUUCAGUGCCAAAGGUUCGCGCAUGCUGUGUGGAGAAAAUGGUCGCCGCUCAUUUAACUUGGUUGCACGCGGAAGUUGAUGCGAUGAUUCAAAACGAAAGGAGAAGAAAUUUGGCUCUUCUUUAUCCUCUACUGAGGCCACUGCCCAAUGGUCUCGGAGCGUUAGUUCAAAAACUUACCGAACACAUUAUUAAUGAGGGUCUAAAGGCCAUUGGAUCCUUGCAAGGAGAAAAUGUUCAUACACAAUUCGUGGAGAGUAUGCUCGUCGUACAUUCGAAAUUUUCGAAUAUGAUUAAAGAGGUGUUCAAAGGCGAUCAAGUUUUCGGUGGUGCUUUAGACAAAGCCUGUUCUGCCCUCGUCAAUCAUAGGCCAGGACCCAGGCAACCUUCCCGAGCUCCUGAACUGUUGGCGAAAUACUGUGACUCGUUAUUAAAGAAAUCGGCGAAAGGAGCGACUGAAAGUGAAAUUGAGGAGAAACUCGCGAGUUCGAUAACUGUUUUUAAAUAUGUCGACGAUAAGGAUAUAUUUCAAAAGUUUUACGCGCGAAUGUUGGCUAAACGUUUAAUUCACCAAUUAUCGCAAUCAAUGGACGCUGAGGAGGCGAUGAUCGAUCGAUUAAAGCAAGCUUGUGGCUAUGAAUUUACCAAUAAAUUGCAUCGAAUGUUCACCGAUAUGUCAGUGUCGACGGAUCUCAAUGCAAAAUUCACGGCAAGCUUAAGGGAACGAGAGGGCGAGAGUCAAUUGGGCAUUGGUUUUGUUGUUUAUGUUCUGCAAGCCGGUGCUUGGCCAUUGGGUCUCUCGCCAUCACCGGGACCCUUCCACGUUCCCCAACAACUCGAGAGAUCAAUUCAGGCUUUUGAGAGUUUUUAUCAUGCGCAAUUCAGCGGCAGGAAACUCACCUGGCUUCAUCAUCUCUGUCAGGGCGAACUCAAGUUCAAUUAUCUCAAGAAACCCUACCUCGUCACUGUUCAGACUUAUCAGAUGGCACUUUUGCUUCUUUUCGAACAAUGUGACUCUAUUAAUUGCAGGGAAGCCGCAGCGUCUUUAAGAUUGUCGCACGAUCAAUUAGCGAAGCACGCGGCGAGUUUGGUGGAUUGUAAAAUUUUGAAGAAAUCCACGGAGGGCGAUCUCGAGGAGGACACGAUACUCACGCUCAAUUUCGAUUAUUACAAUAAAAGGACGAAGUUCCGAAUUACGGGAGCAUUGCAAAGAGACGCUCCGCAUGACACUGAGGCAACGCAUCGCAGCGUCGAUGACGACCGAAAACUUUACCUCCAAGCGGCCAUUGUUCGCAUUAUGAAGAGUCGAAAAUUGCUCAGACACAAUCAACUCGUUCAAGAAGUUUUAGGCCAAUCGAAAGUAAAGUUCGCACCGUCAAUUGGAAUGAUAAAAAAGUGCAUUGAGGCGUUAAUUGAUAAACAAUACAUCGAGCGAACGGCAAAUAGCGCGGACGAAUACUCAUACGUGGCGUAACGUCGCUCCUGAAUUUCGCAAAAUUAAUUUAUUUCACAACACGAGACGCUCCUUUCUUGUAUAGUUAAAUAAUAUGCGAUUCUCCGAGAAAAAAUAUGUGAAAUUUUGUCGUAA